UAAGCAUGAACUUGGGGGCUGUGGGCAAAUUUCGGUGGAAUCCAGCCGCAUCCACAGGUGCUUUUCUGGAGGACAUUGUGCAUAGGACUAUGUUUGUGAAUUCUUAAACGCCUGAAUUGCAAUAUCGUGGAGUCUUUGUGUGAAUUUUCUGUGUUUCUGACCUUGAGCAUGAGCUACUCUCUCUGCAGUAUAAUGUAACAUAGGUUGGUUGUAUUGAUCUAGCAGCUCUCGCUGUGUUGGCUGGCUGGCUGUAUAGCUAACAUUCUGGCUUCCAUGGUGGUGUAGUAGGGGAUGUACAGGCUGCUGGGUACACCCUAUGGACAGUGAUCCGCCAGCAUAAAAUGACUAACGGCACCAGAGUUGGAAGACAUCGUACCAGGGAAUGACUUAAUUAUGAAGAAGAUACAUUUACAUGUUCGAUUAGUGCAGAGGGAACCCCGUUCUGUGUGUGAAGUUUUGGUGAUUCAAGCAUCUUGACUCAGACGUAUGAUGUCAGGGUUACUACAGUGAGACAUAAAGAAGGCUUCCCCCAUCUAUUACUCACUCGGUGCCUAGAAUUUGGAAACGUGCAAGCUUGAACCAUAACAUACGUAUCGUAACGUAACGUUCUCUUCUAGUCGUCUCAAUACUGCUGUGUUAUCAAUGUUUUCGAUGCCCCAUUUAGCCUGCAUACAUUCCUCGUAGAGAACCAUUGCAUUUGUGCCUUUUGUGAUUUCGUGGGAUAAGUUUCCGUGGUAUUAAACGUAACGUGGAGCGCUGUAUCUUGGACAUUCUGCUUUUAGAAGUUAUAUAAUCACUGUCUCGUUCAGAGAAAAGGGAACUAGAGCAUUUGUGGAGCUUAGUUGUGAUAGCAAUAGUCAAGUAGAAACACUGCCGUGUAACCGCAUAUGUUUGUGAACCAUAGCCAGCUUUGUGUUUUGCCAACGGUCACUCACUCUCAUUAUUUACUCAGGAUUUAACUAGUUCCAGGAACUCGUGUUUACUAAACUUCCAACUUAUAAAUAAUUGUCAAGUUGCUAUUUUAAAAUUCUCCUAUUAUUAUAGAUAUAUAUAUAACCAACGUAUGUUUUUUUGGAAUUUCUAGAGAAUAGCGUUUACCUCUUAUUUUUAUAUAUACUCUAUAGAUCAAAUUAUAAUAGAUAUAUAUAUCAAAGUUUAUCGUAUACACCUCGCUUUGCUACAAAUGUACGAUUGAAUCUGCACGUGUAUUUUAUCUGUCAUAGUGCAUGCUAGAAUGGUAUUAAGUGGAUAAUUCAAUGGACUGUGUGUGUGAGUGUCUAAUCCGUGUCAUCCGCCUCAAAAUAUAACCUCGUUGAUUCUCAUGUUGCGACUGUAGUCUUUAAUCAUCAAUGCCCGAGUCGAUCGGUUGGCAACGUGCGUACAAUACAGUUGCCCAGAACGUUUCAAGUAUCUUGCACAUCGGUUGCGACGGACAUGUACAAAACAUUGACAAUGCUCAAAGCGAGCGCGUGUACCGACGGCAGCCUAGUUUUGGCGUCCGUGAGGGAAUAACCCGAGCUCAGGAUAUUUUAAUAAGUGAUACGAAUAACAGGACGGACUGUUACCCGCUUGGAGCCAUGUGGCCCCAAAUGAACCUAUCCUCCAUGGCUGGAGGGGUAGGGGUGCUUCAUAAUCACAUGGACCGGCGCAUGCCGCCUCAUAGACAUCCGGUACAAACGGCGGCAACUCAAACGGAGUCGCCGCCACAUAUGAACCGACAUCAUAUAAGACGGGUAAAUGAAAAUUUACAUCCGGACCGACUACUGUACUUUGCUAGUGCCUUGGACCUUGCUGGUCCCCCAAACCAGACACAAACCGGUUUCACACCGCACAGGGUGCGCGAACCAGCGAGCCGGGCUCCACCGUACCCACAGACUAGUCGGCCGGGCAUGCCGGAUUCAGGGAUUACGGUAUUCCCGAUGAGGAGUCUACCAUACUUCUUUCAUUACUUGCAAAACAAGUUCUAUUUCGAGACAUAUCUGUGGCUGUACCAGAACGUGAUGUUCCAUCCAAGAUCGAGUCAAACGCGCCUACGGAUGCACCAUAUAAGCCAGGCAUGGAACGUUUCGCUACACGAUGUCGUCAUGGCCACACUCUCCGUACAUAUGAUGAAGUAUGCAAGUCUACGCCAGCGUACUAUGCACAAUGUCCAGUCAGUCCUGCACGAAGUCUCCCAAGGGAAUGCCAGCGAUGAGGUCCUGAUGAGUCUUCGCGGCCUGGCAGUGGACGUCUGUAUCCACCUCAACCCUCGACAGAUGCUGCGUGAUUUCUGCAAGUUGAUUCGUGACCUAUGUCAGGCCGUAUGCGGCAGUGUUGAACCAACAAGUCCUGGAACACGUCGUCGAAUGCGAGAUCGUCACCCGUCGAAUCGACAGACUGAAUCGCCUGAACGUCGUGCAUUCCAGCCUCCCAAUAUGGCCGCACGUCAGGUUCAUCCACAAUUGGUGCCGCAACCGCAGCAGCCACAGCCGCGACCACAGCAGCAGCAGCAGCAGCAUCCAGUUGUCAUAGACGUUGAGCAGGUGAACAGAAGGGUGCCAGUGUCAGCCCCCGUGUCUGUGCCUCCAUACGCCAUACCUGUGUGUUCGGGACAGCAUCACAUCCCCAUCCCCGUGUGUACAACAGCGCACAUCCCCGGCUGCACAAGUCAGCCAACUUGGUCCAUUCCAGCGUGUAGCAUGCAGAUUCCAUGUAGCAUCCAACAUCUCCCUCCGUGUGGCCUCACUCAGCUGCCCGUCGGUCACCACACUCUCCCGCCCAUGCUCCACCCCCAUCACCAUCCGACGACCCACCCGAUGCAGGCCCAUCAUCACCCGCAUCAGCAGUUACAUCAUCAGCAUCAUCACAUGACGCCGACCACGCAGCUUUUAUCACAGACACAUCAAGUUCAGCCAGAAGAAGAAGUGCAACAAAUGUUGGGAGAACACCGCCCGGGUCACCCGACAUAUCAUCAACAUCUAUCAAACACGAUACACCAACAUCACGGGCCCACCCUUAGCCAUCCUUCUCCAGUGUUAGUACAGGAGCCUCAGAUACAUCCUCCACCGUAUCCACAUGAAUUAUAUGGUCCAUACCCGCGUUAUCCACGGAGAACGACUGGUCGAAGUAGGUGGCGGUCAAUUCCACCUCCACCACCACCAUAUCCUGGGUUCCUUUUACACUUCCUUGCUAUGCUAGGCAAUCCACCAGUUCCAGGGACGAUAGGUAUGGACCUGCAUGAGGAUGCAAGAGAAGUGGAAAAUUACGAGGCCUUACUAAAUCUUGCUGAGCGGCUUGGAGAAGCGAAACCGCGUGGCCUCACCAAAUCAGACAUUGACAAACUUCCAUCGUACCGUUUCAAUCCCGAGAUGCAGCGCAGCGAUGCUGACCAGACGUCGUGUGUUGUGUGUAUGUGUGACUUUGAAGUGCGACAGUUGCUAAGGGUUCUUCCGUGUAGUCAUGAGUUUCAUGCCAAAUGUGUCGACAAGUGGCUUAAGACAAAUCGCACAUGUCCAAUCUGCCGAGCGGAUGCAUCAGAAGGUAUCAGCCAAUCAGAAUGAGCGGAGAAAAUAUCACCAUCGACAGUCGUGUAUGUUUGAGACCAAACACAAAACUUGGUGGUAAAGACGAUAAAUUCCAACGGACCUGAUGUUCAGAAAGUUGAACCUUGGCCGAGAGAAUAAGGAAUGAAACAGAAAUCGACACAACACUGCUAAAAGAAGGAUUCCAAAAGACAAUGAAUUGGAUAUUUUUGCGCGUUUGUGUUCGACAGUGACGUCCACCUUUUGGGGAAUUCAGGAACUAUUUUCACCCGUUGAUGCAGACACUAUUUGGUUAGCGGAUAUUUUCACCAAUAAUGGCAGCUUAUCAGGACAUUGUGCAUGAAAGUGAAAAGCUUGUCAGAAAGAAUGGACGGGUCAGGAAGACGUCGGCUCCAGGAACAGAACAGACUAUGUUACUCAACGGGAGUUCUCCGAAGUGUAUCUUUCCAAUAUGGUUCAGAUAAUCGACAUUUUCUUUCAAAAAUUUCUGAUAUUGCUUCAGAUUUGUUGAGGUGGUUUUUAAAACUAAUAACUCCUCUUCUGCUUGUCUCAGGUUCAGGUUGUGUGUUUUGCAGGAUUGGUAUCAAAAUGGUGUUGUGCAUUCAUGUCCCUUUACCCGCAGAAUCUUAAAUCGUGGCACUUGCCGUGGCUUUUAUAACUUUAAUAGAUCAAGGCUAGCACUAUGCAUGUUAUGUAACGGUUGGUGUAUUUAACCCUCUGUAUGGCUUUCCAGAAAGUGUACCCUGACAAUGGGUGAAUAUAAAGUUGGUUUUAACACUGGUGUUCUGUGCAUCUCAUGUAAAGCCGACACCAGUGUUGGCACCAACUUUAAAAACACCCAAUAGAGAAGAUUUGAAGCCAAAACCACUGCUGAAAGCUUGUAGAACUUGGGUAUGAAAACUUGAUGCAAGACCAGAAUAUCCAGAAUAUAUUUAUGAUACGAAUACAAAAAUCACUUAAUGAAAGACAAUGUAGAGUAUUUGCAGUUAUAAUUUAUGACUUUUCUUAUAGAGAACAAUGUGCUAGAUCUUAAAUUGUUUGCGCUUUGAUAAAUAUCUGUGGCCCAGAAAUAAUUAAGAUUAAGUCCAUGUAAUAAAUUCUAAAUCUUGGGUGCAGGAAUAAUGUUGGGAAACUUCGAAACUUGUGUUCACAUGCCCCUUAGAAAACCUUGAGAAUUUUAAACAUGCCGUCGCCCUUCAAUCACGUCUGGAAAGCCCGUCACUGCCUGUAGGAUACUGCUGUUCGUACAACCGCUUGCCAUUACUCCAAAUGCAUUCUGGGAGUUACCUCGUACCGCUAUUAUCUUGGCGUACAAGCAGUUCCUUAUUGUCUUAUGCAUGUUCCUACUAAUUGACAACUGUUAAUUAGGCCUAUUACUAAUUAAGUAUGACAUAUUUAUGCGUGGACUUUCUUCAGUGGUUCCUUUAUUGGCAUGUGUCAUGCGUUUUCAAUGGUGUCGUGGGUUUUAGAGAGUGUGGUUAUAAUUAGUAAGUUUGGCAGACGUAAAGAAAAAAGACUCUUGCUUGAAAGAUCAGUUCAUCUUUAAGUAGCAUUCCUAAACAUUUCUCUCAACUUGCUUAUAAAAUGUAACAAACUAAAUCCUGAAUUUGCCUAUUGUAACAGGAACGCCCUCAACUUCAAGUUAUUCAUUUAAUUCUUCAAUUCUGGAUACACUCUCCUCUUCUCCUCCAAGCUGCCUCUCUUGUCCCAUCAUCAUGUUUUGAUAACGCACCAUUAUAGAAAUCUGCUGCUUUUGUUUGAUGUUGGUUAUUUCAGGGACUCUUCUGUAGCAUUCCAUUUAUUUUAGCAACCCCUGCCCCCUCCCCUCACUGGCCAUAGCGUAGCCCUUAUGAUGGCAAAGACCAAAUAUGACAGUGUUACCUUCUAGAUUUUAAUUAUUUGCUGAAGUGUUCAACAAGGAAACGUUGGCCCAACUUCUAUUUUCCAAUGGUGUUUCUUCUGGCCAAGCUUUGAACAGUCAAUUUAUUUUGAGAUACAAACAAAAACACUUCGUCAUUUCAUACGUUUAAAUAGUCGUCCGCUGGUCCAGCUUGAGUGUUUGUGGUCACAGCCAUUGUCAUCCGCUCACUACCCUUAGUGCAAUAACUCCCCUGAAGCUGAGGGUGUCCAGUCUGUGUUCCAAGUGGUAAUUGGCUAGGUAGCGUGAGUGAACUAACAGGCAUGCAAAGUUGUGAGGGGAUUUCCGUUUGGUUGUCGAGACGUUGGUUACUCUCAGGUGCAAUGUCAUCUCGUUGUGCUUUGGGCAUAUCUGCCGUAAAAAGUGCAUAAUCUUGUCGACACAGUUUAAAGCUUGCUGAGGCUCAUCUGUUACACAUUAGUCUAUGAGAAGGGCGUUAUGUACGGGUGCCCCUCUAUUGGCUAAAAUGUGUCGAAAUAGUUUAUUCUGUAUUAACAAGUUGUAUUUGAAUAUUCUUUAUUAGGGGAUUGUAACAAGCUUUUUUGGAGCGCACAUCUAUUUGCAAGUGGUGAAUAAAAAGUAUAAGCACUCGUUGGUGAAUGUCUAAUUAGAGAGUUGAAAAUCAGUCGUGUAUUUAGGAUAUAUUGGCGUCUGGGGUGUUUUAAAGCAUAUACCGUUUAGAAGCUUGAUGUUUCUGGUCCCAGAGGUAUUUCUGACGUGUUCACAGGCUAAAGUGUGUGGUGUAACCAUCCUGAGCAUAUCAUGUUUACUGUACAGCAAAGUGGUGUUAGCUAACUGAUCUUUAAUCCUUAUUGUUCUACAAGCAACUAAAUCUUGGUACUUUUUGCAUGAUUCUAUAAGAGAACUUUUACGUAGUUUAGGAAAUGCUAAUAUUUUUUCUGGAGAUUUCGAUCUUUGCAUGUGAGUGGUUAAAUUACAUUGUACCUACUUUCCAUCACCUAGCACUCUGUAAAAAUCCCUGUUGUGGGCCUCGCCAAGUGUGCUAAAGUUAUGCGCGUUCCACUGCGAGGUAAUAGCCAUUUGAGGGUCACAAUAGGGUGUUUCUAAUAUCACAACUGUAGUGCCCUUAAUGUUCCGAUAUCUAACUGGCAUGCAUGACUAUUGUAAGAAUAAUGUUGUUUGAAAAGUUAAAAAUUGGAGUUGGCCAAAAUUCACUCAUUGGUUUAUAAAUGAUUUGUUAACCACUUCAUAUUUUUGUGGAGUCUUGAGGGUUAUUUUGGAAGUACAUCAGCAUUUGCUUCUUUGUAUUAAUCCAAUUGACCAUUCUAGUAGAUGCAGGCUAAAAGUUAUAUUCACCGAAUGCACUCAAAUUGAAAUUGCUGAGACCACCUGAACAUUUAUGCUAAAACUGUGCGAGAAUGUUCAGGUGAUUUUGACAAAUGUGGUUGGGAGCAACUUUUAAGCGAUGUGUGACAGCACUUAAUGUUUACAUAAAUUUUGAAACAGAUGUUUAUUGUAAAGAGUACAUUGUAAGGAAACAGCUUGUUGACACCUGCAUGCAGGUCGUUUGUGGCGCCGAUAGAGACCUUUAAGUCUUGCAAGUCUUGAAUAAUGCAUUCUGUUCGCUUGUUCUUGUUUGACCCUUUAAAAGGGCAUAGGGCACUGCAAAUUACGAAUUCGCCAAAACGUUGCGUGACAAAAUCCCAUAGAGUAACCACUAAAUUUCAAACCUGACCGACUCUUCCAUGUGAUAUAUUUUCUUAGUAGAGACAUCUCGAGUACUUUAUUUUGAAAUUGUGCAUGCAUUUACAAUGAGGUCGCCAAUGCCCUGUGCCCAAAAGGGGAGAAAGUGUGUCCAUGUCAGGUAACAGUUUGAAAUGGCUAGGUAAAGUUAAUCAUUCGUGUUAAAUCCAAUAUAUGAGUGUCAACUAUGUACAUUUAACAAAAAUUUGAGAGUUUUCCCGCCUGUUGAGAGUAGAUAGUGUGAUGGAUUAGAAUUUGUACGCAAUCGACUUCAAAUACUAUAAAUGCUUGGAAACUUACUCAUUGUCGCUCAACCUGGUCCUCAUUGUAAAAUACACCUGGGGACAAGUUGAAGUGGUAAGUUGCCAUGGUAAUGGGAAUGCUUCGCAGUAGGUGCCUUGGUCACGACCGGCCCUUUCACCAGAAAAAAAUAGCAAAAGUUUCAAAAAUGAAAUUGGUGAAGAUGGUUAAGAAGAUCAAGUGUUAUUCUGCCGAUGCUUUUGUGAAGAACUCGAGGUGUCCCAUCUUGCAAUAUUUAGCACACAUUACUUGGCGUCAGAAACACCAACAAAACAAAAAUCUCCUUAAAACUUCCUGGCCAACUUUGUGAGAAAACUGCUAUUACGUUCAAAAAUGUUAAUCUGAAAUUUUAUUCUAAAUGGCCAGGAAAGUCCAAUUCAUCAGGUUUUCUCAAAUGUCUAUCAAUCAUAGCUGGUUUAGAUGCCCAUUAUAACUAAAGCUCACUGCCUAGGUAUUCUUAUAGUUGACCUUCUACCUCUUUAACAUUGCAAUUCCUCCUGCUGUGGUUUUGGACAUUGUAAGUCUAACAUUUAAUCGUAGGCUGCUUGAAAACUAACCAUUUAGCAUUUGUAAAAUUCUCAUGAUUUUGACCCCUGCACCAUUCAAAUAUCGAAGUGGGUCGAAUUUGUGAGAAGUCAUUGGGUUGGUCCUUUGUGAUGCAAGGGAUGGAAGAUACAAAAUCUUGAUUUAGUUUUUGACUCAGUGCAGAUUUUAUGCAAAUUAGAAAAUACUUUGAAUUUUGUCUUGCUCACAAUUUGGGGCUUUUCUGCCGCUGGAGUUCAAAACAUGCACAAAUUAAUAUGGCAUAGUUUAUAUAUUCAUGAUAUGCAUCAUUGGGUUGGGAAUCGGCAAGUUUGAGGGGAGAAUUAAAGUUGCAGUCUCCAAGAAAAUACUCAAAGCUGACAGGUCGACUUUUUGUCCACAUCUGUGCUGUAAAACUAUGAGAAACAUGCUCAGCUGCAGCAAGUAGAUGUAUUACUCUGAGGUGAAAAUGGAAAAAUUUCAAUCAAAAAUUUCCCUCUUCCAAUCAUAUUUCUGUCAUCGGAUGACGAUUCUGAUGAUUGUGUGUAAAUGUGUGAAACAGAAUGUGUCUGAUGAUGUUUCUCCUGUUCAAGUUGAAAUUUCUUGUCAAGAAAUUUGGCUGAAAUGAAAAUUAUUCUGAAAUUGGUUGAUGAAUGACAUAAUCUUAAGCCAUGUGUGAAAAGGAUCACAUUUGAUCGAAGUCACCAAACAAAUGUGUUAAUCGUACAAAGGAGGAUGAAGUCUGCAUUACUAUAUUGGGCUUUGUUAACAUUUCAAAGUAGAAAGAUGUGUUAUCUUCACAUAAUAAAACUAUGUUAUCUUGUGUUAACAAUGAUCUUAAAAGAAAUUUAUGAAUUCUAUAGAUAUAGCUCUACUAAGCAUUAGCCUUAAACAUUCACACAUAUUUGAUAUCUUCCAUUUCACUGAAUAGAGAAUAUAAAGUUCAGAAAUGGAUAAAUGUAUGUCAAUGUGAGAUCUUACCAAAAAGGAUAAGUUAACUACAUCACCCAGGAUGCACCAUGGUGUUGGGAACUUGGCGUUAAAUGCCUUAGCAUAUUUCUGUGUUUAGUGUGUUUAUUCUGGUAAGGGUUAAAACUUGCUAUAAUAGUUAAUUGUGGGCUGGGGUUGAUAGUUUGUAGGGGAGUUACGGAUAGACCUUGAGAUGUGAAAAAACAAAACGAGUCAAAAAUUUGAAAAACGGCAGAAAUUGGUAAAGAGCAUGAAAUAUUUAAUGAAAUCAACAGGAAUUUUAUGCUCUUUACCAUUUGGUAAUGCAAGGAAAUGGGCAUUCAGCAGUGUUCCUCGAAUUGUAUCUCUGUUUGAACUAAGGUUCAAAUCAGUGCCGUGAAAGUUCCACAAUUGCGACUGAAUGCGGCAGUGUUUGUUGACAAAUGAAAUAUUUGUGUCUAUACUUGACAAAUAACUUUAGACAGAUGUUCCUGUAUUUCACGCUUGCUGAUUAAAAGGUUACUGAAAUUCCCCUUAGUUGCGUUUGGUUCCGAGUAAAACAUGGUGUACUAAUUUUGAUUGUAGUUCAUUUUAACUGGUAGUUUCUUCAAUUUCCAAUAGUUCUGACAGUAUGUCUCUUUAUUUCACAUUGGAUGUCAAACGUACCCUCAAAGUUGGUCAUCGGAGAAAGUUGAAGUAACAAACGCUUUUAUACAUAGUAAUAAAAAAUGUCAACGAUAUAUCUUAGAAUGCGUCAGUUACAGAAAGGUUUGGGUUCAGAUGAACAAAAGCCUGAAAGAUGAUGCAGCCCAGACACAGUUGAGAAUAACAGUGAACGAUAAUAUUAGAUAUCUAUAAAUUCAACAGUCUGUCCCUUCAGGUUUCUUCAACAAAAAUGAUAUCUGAGGGACUUUGUUGUUGAAUGAUCGACUUCACAUUCAAUUUACAGCUGGAUACUGUACAUGUAUAUGAUUAUUUCAGUUUCAAAUUUACCAGCUUUGAGGGGCCAAGAUGAAUUUUUAUGGAAGUAAUUAAUGCUCGUAGGCUUUAUUCUUUAGUGUGAUAUUUCAAUAUGGUACUUUCUGAGUCACUUGUAACGUUACAUUCAAUUUUCAACUACUUAACUAUGCUCCUACUUCAUAUGUACACAUUUAGGAUGACCACGGAGUUAAAUCAGAUAUUUAUUUAUCGAAAUUCUUAUUGAGAUAUUUAGAGGCUUUCUCAGCUGGUCAGGUCAGAAAAAGACCGGUACAAAAAAGGAACUAUAUGAAUUAUAUUGGUCAAUAUUUUAUCUGGGAGUCACCUGUCAUUUGAAACCUUAGCUGACUCCAAGUUGAGAACAGUGUGUGCCAUUUUCAGUGCAUUCACUACAGGUUGUGUUGCUAGUAUUUUAAAAUUUAAGCAUGAAACACUUCUCUGCAAAAGUGUAUCGAAUGGGGUCAUUUCAAGUACAUGUAGUUUCCUCUUGGCCAGCUGAGAAAACUGUAAAUUUGAAUUCCUUUGUGCUUUGGUGAAAGCUAUGUGAAAACGGAGAUGUGUUUUCGGAUCGACAGAGCUUCGUUGAAUAAAAUUGAUAAGUCUGUUUAACAACUAUUUGCAGCAAUUUCAAAGUCUGAAGUAAAAUGACUCAUAUUUCAAAUCUCUAAGUUUUCACUUGGAAAACAGAAACUUUUGGUCAAAAUUCAUGGCUGUUAUCUGGCAGAUUUUAACCCAUCUUGGUCCGAGUACGUCAACCUGGUGAUCUCCUUAGCUCUAUCGAUCCCACAACAUGAUUUGUCUUUAUCUACCUCUGCUGAAGUAACACAGUAUUUUGAUUAGAGUUAUGGACAAUUUUGCAUUUGACGAAUUCUUGCAGAAGGGGUGGUCGAUUUCUGUAAAGCGCAUCAUGUUUGACUGUCGAAACGCACUUAAUUUAUUGUUUUUCUUGAUGAAAUCAUUUACGUAAUUGCACAAUGACAUUAUCGUAUUCUUCAUCAACAUGACCCAAUCAACCAUUUAACAUGUGAAAAUGAAACGAAGUUCCUCAAAAUGAUAUCUACACCACCGUAGUGAAUCGCUUUUUCGAUAAAAAUGUUUCUGGUCUUUUCUAUAUUUUGCUUAAAUGUGGAGAAAUACUACUUCCUUAAUUGAUAUGCAUGAUAAAAAUUUUUUUUGGUGUUCCGGGUAUCUAUGCACGAAUACUUGCUUUCAAUAAUCUAAAUGUUGUUUCAUUAAAAUAGGCACAAAAAUUCACUUCAAUAUCUAUAUAAUCACAAAAAAUAUGCACACAAUUUUUUUUCGCAUUCCUGUCCUAUUUCUUCCACUUAAUGUUAGAUUUCUUAGUAGAUUUUGUAAAACUGCGCCAAUCGUUGUUGAGCGCCAUCUAUCCAGCAUGCUGAUAGAUCAAAUGCACCGAAUCGUAGAAAGCACCCAUAGUUUUGUAAGCUUAGGAAUGUUCCUGAUAGCGUCACCUUACUCCCUCCCCUAGUGUGGUUUCAGUUUGCAUCUAACCGCAUGUUAAAUGUUGUAUUUUCGUCAGCCUACUAACAAAGGCCUUCCUGGUCUCACCCUUAAGCUUCGUGCCCCCCCCCCCCCCGUGAGAUGUCAUCACUGCAUGUGUGCUGAAAUACUGUCUGGUCCUGUCCACACCCUUAACCCCAGAAACCCCCUGUCUAAUGUGGUAUUAAGCCCAAUAAUUUUGUUUUAUUGGUUCCCCUACAUGUUUUAACCCGAAGGAUUAAUGUGCAUGUGCCCGUCAUUUGUAACAAACAUCCCAGCCCCAGUAAAACCUUUUGUGGAAAAUUCGUUGUCCUUACUAACAUCCCAACCCUAGUAAAACCCUUUGUGGAAAAUUCGUUGUCCUUACUAACAUCCCAGCCCUAGUAAAACCCUUUGUGGAAAAUUCGUUGUCCUUACUAACAUCCCAGCCCUAGAAAAAACCCUUUGUGGAAAAGUCGUUGUCCUUACUAACAUCCCAGCCCUAGAAAAAACCCUUUGUGGAAAAGUCGUUGUCCUUACUUACAUCCCAGCCUCAGAAAAAACCCUUUGUGGAAAAGCUGUUGUUCUUACUAACAUCCCAGCCCGAGUAAAACCCUUUGUGGAAAAAUCCCUGUCCUUACAAACAUCCCAACCCUAGUAAAACCCAUUGUGGAAAAGUUGUUGUCCUAACUAACAUCCCAGUCUUAGAAAAAAACCUUUGUGGAAAAGCUGUUGUUCUUACUAACAUCCCAGCCCUAGUAAAACCCUUUGUGGAAAAGUCGUUAUCCUUACUAACAUCCCAACCCUAGUAAAACCCUUCGUGGAAAAGUCCUUGUCUUUACUAACAUCCCAGUAGAGCCCCAGUAAAACCAGUUGUUGAAAAAUCCUUGUCCUUACUAACAUCCCAUUCUUGACUCCUAUGAUGAAUGCACCCUUAGCCCCUUUAGUUUUUGCUCAAUUCAACCCAUGCUUUAAAUGUUUAGAUCCUUGUAGGUUAAGUCAAGUUCUUUGUUGUGUACUUUUUUGCCCACCACCGCAUUUUCUGAUAUCUCUUCUCUGUCUCUCAAACCCUGCUUUAAAUGUUAGCUCUUUGUAGUCACGACGUUAUUUCCCCAAACACAGUACCUUCACCUAUAUUUGGAUGCACCCAAUUCCCGAUUCCCCUAACAUUCCCCUAGAUUUACUAAAACCACAACCUUCAGUGUUUAGACCCUGUCCUGAACGUAGUUUGAAGUAUUCCUACUUCCCAUAACCCUCCAGAGAAAUACAAAACAAAUGCUUUCAAUGUUUAUACCCCGAUAGUUGUAGAAUUCCUUAUUUGCCUUUCCCCCAUCCUUUGCUUAGUUGUACCCGAUUGAUCUUAACUGUCCUUAGAAAGUCUAAAAACAAUGCUUUAAAUGUCUUUAGUUUUAGUUAUGUAGUAUCCUAGUUUGUAUUUUCCUGAUCUUUAGUUUUUAUAAUGCCCCUUAGUUUCCCUUUAAAUCUAUGCUUUCGAUGUUUAGCUCCUUUUAGUUGGUGUUGUAUUCUAGCUCCAGAGUAGCCCAGAAACUCUUUUUAAAUGCACCCAUUUCCAACAAACCCCUUUAAUAGAUAAAUGUUAACAUUAUAAUGCAAGUCCCCAGUUUCGAUGCACCCGUUAUGUCUCCUGAACUAUGCUUUAAAUGUUAGGUCUUAAUAGAAGUUUGAAAAUGCUUGUGAUAAUUUGCUUGGGAGCGGUUCUUCUCAUGCACAAAGCUUCAUGUUGUUAACGUAAACAUUACCGAAAAUGUUUGAAUGUAACUUUGCACGCGAGUGUUUGUAAGUUUCUUUUUAUCGAAUUUGCUUCUGAUGGUCUUCACAUUUUGCAAAUUUUACCAAUUUCUUAAAGGGAGUGUUAUAAUCGACAGUUGAACAUGUGUGUGCUUUAAAGAAUCGACAUUUUGUAGUGGAGUUUAAUAGCAAUUUAGUAUUGUCUUUUUGCCAUCUCUUGAGAAUUUACGCACGGAUCCAGACUGUCUGUUCCACAAACCAGAACUGAAUUGAGUGUAUAUUGUCAUCAAUAAAUGUACACAAGUCUUGGUUCAAGGGAUCUCCUCUACAACUUCCAAGUACACCAAAGUGUACAAUAAGCUUACGAAUAUUUAUACGAAUCAUUGAGUGUGCGUACUUGCUCAAUAGGUGGCUUGUUCACCCAGGUGACCCUUGUCCUAUGUUAAGAGCUUGUGGUAUAAUUCAACUUGUACAGAAAAGUUUCUUUAUAAGAAGGUGCUUAUAUAUGAGAUGUGUAGCAAAUGUAUUCGAUGUGGAUUGUCAGUUAUUUUAGUUAUCCAAGCUCCAUGGGUACUAAAUGGUUGUGCAGAUUCAUGUUACCACAAUAAAUGAGUGAAAUUUUGAAA